AUGUAUAUAUUGGAACCAGCUUUAUCAACUUCGUUUAGUAGUCAACAAAUCUCAAGGCAGAACGAUAUCAAUGGCAAUAAUAUUCCUUUAUGUGCUGCUGUGAAACAAAAUGUGCAGUAUGUUGUAAUGAAUCAAGGUCCAACCAAUCCUCAGAUGUUAACCACUGAUCAGUAUGGGAAUGUGGUUACUGGAAACCACCAACAGAUGGCGAAUAUGUCACAUGCUCAGCAACAACAGCAGCCACAACAACAAAUUCAACAUCAAACACAACAGUAUCAGACACAGCAGCAACUUCAGCAACACCAACCACUCCAACAACAACAGCCAUUAUUAUCACAACAACAACAUCAAUCUCAACAGCAACAGCCAUUGUUAUCACAACAACAUCAAUCUCAACAGCAGCAACCGUUAUUAUCACAACAGCAACAGCAUCAAUCUCAGCAGCAACAACAAUUACUAUCACAACAGCAACAGCAUCAGUCUCAACAGCAACAACCAUUAUUAUCACAACAACAACAGCAUCAAUCUCAGCAACAACAGCAGUUAUUAUCACAACAACAACAACAACAAACAACCUCUUCAACAGCCACUGCUGCAGAACAUGCUAGUAUGGUGUCUAAAUGUGCUCGUUUCUUUCGAACACUUUUGAAUUUAUCAAUUCAGCAUGAUCAAGCGCAACGAGUCAUUGAAAGUGUCAAGCUAGUUAUUUAUGGUUCAAUACCACCAGAAGUCUUCACAGUGCGAUUGCAAGAAGCUCUUAACUCGCAAGCUCAGCCUCAUCUGUUGCCUUUUUUACAAAAGACAUUACCAGCAUUGCGAACUGCAAUGCAGAAAGGCGAAGUUGUUCUUGAAGGUAUAAAUCCACCAAGUACCAAUCAAAUAAUUGAAACUCAGUCAAAUAGUCAAUACGAAACUGUUCGACCAAAUAAUGAAAACAGUUAUAUUACGCAAAGACCUAUAGCCAGUAUUGUACAGCAGAAUGUAACUGGAACAAAAUCAGUGAAAGGUGAACUGGUUGAUGAAUCGCAGGUUGAUGGUAGUGAAAUGAAUUUAAGCGAUGGUGAAGUGCGUAUACUACCUCCAAAUCAUAUUACACGCUUGCUUAACGCUGAUAUAAUUGCAAGAAAAAUUCAACGGGUAAUGCCAGAUGGCGGUCAUCCUCAAGAUGAUGUGGUCACAAUGAUUUCGCAAGCAGCUGAAUAUCGAUUGAGGAACGUUUUGGCCCGUCUCUCUGUAACUGCUGAACAUAGACUUGAACCACUUCGUAAUCAUCCAUUUUAUGAGGUGAUUGAUGAUACAAGAAGGCAGCUAAGAUUUGUUGAAGAAAUGGAAAAGCAGGAACACGAAAAGCGAGAGAAUCGCGAAAAAGAGGCAUUAAUUCGUUUAAGUAAAAGUAAAGGAAAGGACAAGGAAAUCAUUGUAGAAAAAGCUAGACAGCUUCAAAGAGCUGACCAAGAAGCGGCACGAAAUCGUGAUGCAAAUGCUGCAGCAAUAGCUGCCUUAAGCGGAUCGAAAAGUGUGAAACGUACUUGGCAGGAUGCAAAUAAUCCACUGGAACAAGCCGCUGCAGUAGGACUUUCUACACAAAUAUUACGAACGAGAACGAAGAGAGUCACUAUGAAGGACUUAUAUUAUGUGAUUAGUACAGAUCCAAUAGCGAAGAAUUCACAACUACGACAUCGUUUGGAACUUUUCAGUAGUGCCGCUGAUGCUAUAUCUCUCAAAGACAAGAAAUAG